AUGGUUUUUUUUUUUUUUUAGAUUUCCUUGAAUUAAUGAUAUCCCAGUCGUUUUUUUAAUUAAAAGUAGUUUUUUUGUGAUGACAAUAUUAUAUUUUAUAAAACAGUUCAUACACUUUUUUUUUUUAUUUUAUAGAAAAUACACCAUAAAUACCCCUACGUCUGUAGUUUUUCAUGCAUACAUCUCGCUUGAAAGUUUAAAUAUCAAAAAUAGGAUGAUGCUUUUAACUUACUAGACCAAUUCAUCCUGAUGAUGGGUACCUACUUAAGAUAACAACACUAGGUCGGUUCUCCUGAAUUCAAAUUUGCAUUUUAAAUGUUACAUAUAAGUUUAAGGAGAAUUGUGUCGAAAUUCUGUUAACAAAAGACACCCAUAUAGGUACCACCUUAUUAAGAAAUAUGAACUUUUUCAUUACUUUUUCCCUUUUAAGUUCGGGAAGUAUAUUUUGACUGAAAUCAAGAUGGUUUUAAAAAAAUAUGAGAUUGCUUCAUUAGAUACAUAUUUGAUUUUGUGAUAUCAAUUAAUAUACAUUUUUAUAAAUGUAUCGAGCCAUUAUUAUAAAAGAAGGUAAACAAAUUACAGAACAAAUAUGGGAAAUUUAUUACACUACUUGAAAACUAUUGUUUUGACUUGGUAGAGUAUAAAUGAUUUCUAUAAUAAAAUUUUUUUUUUCUUUUUAGAUGUCUCUCUUACCAUUUUUAUUGGAGGACCUUUCACGCCCAACCGUAUACGAUCAGCACUUUGGUCUGGGAUUGUUAGAUGACGUGUUGGUACCAGCAGAAUAUAAUCCGCAUUUCGGAAGAGAUCCUUUUGGAAUUAGAGGUUAUCAAAGACCUAUGCGUCUUGUGGUAGCGCNACUAUGUCGUAGUGGAUGGAAAACAUGAAGAACGUAGUGAUGAACACGGUUUCAUUUCUCGUCAGUUUACCCGCCGUUAUAAAAUCCCAGACACUGUCGACCCAAAAUUGAUUACAUCAUCUUUGUCAUCGGAUGGUGUGCUCAGCGUUGGUGCUCCCAAGAAGGUAUAGUUUAAAAUAAUUUAACUGUUAGGAUAUAGCCCUAAGUAAUAUGUUUCUUUAUAUCAUAGACAUAAUGUUAAUUAUUACGUGUAUGCAUAAUAUGUAGCAGUAUUAUCAACGGGUAAUAACCAUAUUAAUGAUUUUUCUGUUAAAUUUUAUUUAGGUUGUCAAUGACAAGAAAGAGGAGAUAUCCAUUCCUAUUAUUCAAACCAAUGAGCCUAGUAUUAAAGUAUCUGCUAACAAAGAAAAGAAGGAAAUUGAAAAAAUGGAUACUAAAUAA